UAUGCGGUCGGCGUCAAUAUUACUUGUGAAUACUACUCGAUGCAAACAAUUAUAUGCCUUUUAAACGGUGCUUGGGUCCCGAUCAAGUGCCUACAAAAUGAUUGUGUAGCUGGAAGUCAUUUUACCAUCAUAAACGGUAAUGCGACCAAAUAUGGGUCCCUGGUCGACGUGAUUUGCUCCGACGGUUUCAAUGCAAGUGCGCCCCAGAUCAGGUGUUCAGAGAGUGGCACUUGGACGACAGCAAUGUGUACAGUUAUAGACUAUGCCGCAGACUGCGGACCUGUUGCAACACUGACAAACGGACAAGUCAGUCUAAACGUUUCCGCACACACUACAUAUGGUGCCAUCGCUUACGUAACAUGUGUCUCUAGUUUUGAUGCCAGCACAGAUCCAGUGGCGUGUUUAAGUAACGGAUCAUGGUCAUGGGCGGCGUGCUUGCCGAAAGAUUGUGGAUUAGUCCUAGAAGGGCUUAACGGGAAACUCAUCCACGUCGAUGAAAGUAACACAACGUUUGGUGCCUAUGCUAAUGUGACCUGCGACUCAGGGUUCGAUGCACAAACGGAGGAAGUGACAUGUUUAAGUAACGGAUCAUGGUCAUGGGCAGCUUGCUCGCCAAAAGACUGCAGACCUGUUGCAACACUGACAAACGGACAAGUCAGUCUAAACGUUUCCGCACAUACUUCAUAAGGUGCCAUCGCUUACGUAACAUGUUUUUCUGGUUUUGAUGCCAGCACAGAUCCAGUGGCGUGUUUAAGAACCGGAUCAUGGUCAUGGGCGGCGUGCUCGCCGAAAGACUGUGGACCUGUUGCAACACUGACUAACGGGCAUAUCAGUUCAUGCAAUACUCAGUUCGGUUCCUCUUCCUACAUGAACUGCAACUCUGGGUUCGAUGCUAGCAAAGAGCAAGUGACUUGUUUAAGUAACGGGUCAUGGUGUUGGGUUGCGUGCUUGCCAAAAGAUUGUGGACCUGUUGAAUAACUACUUUACGGACAUAUUAGCCUGGAUGACCCAUCCAACACGACAUAUGGGGCCGUCGCUGACGUUAUAUGUGACUCUGGAUUUGAACACAGUGUAUAUCACGUGAUCUGUUUAAGUAAUGGUUUGUGGUCAGAG